AGGUACUGCAACAGGUUUCAUUUCAAGUUUAUAUUGUUUAUUUAGUCUAUUGCUCCUUUAAGUUAUUCAGGCUGGAAGCAGAUGAUAUUUCUAACUUCUUUAUAAAAUAUUUUAACAAAUAUUAUUUUUCAAUUUUCCUUGUAAAAGUCCUGUCCCAAUUCAGAAUAAUCGGGUUUUGUAUUGUCCAUUGCAAAAAUAAAAUUUUUCUGAAUGCUUGAUCAUAUUAUAUUUUCAGAACUUCACUACCAAAUUAGAAAAAGAGCUACCCCAUUUCUCUGGUACAUCACACCUAGUUCCAGGUGCCUACUUACAGUGUGGUUCCAGUCAUCAGAAUUCAUAUUCACAUCCAUUAUCAGCAUUUCAUAUUGUCUCAGCAUUGAAUCUACCUCCAAGAAAGAUGUUCAAUCUUAAAUGGUAAAUGCACGAGCUUUCUAAUGGUUUCCAGAAAGAAUCCAGUUCAGUCGGGAGUUCUGUCUUACCGGUUUUUGUUACACAAUUCGAUUUGAGGAAACAUGGAAAAACCAUCUGAAUGCGAUUCCCAAGAGAAGAAAAAUAACAAGGAAAAACCUUUUGAAUGUGAAAUUCGUAGCGAAAGCUCCAACGUAAAACUGGACCUGAAAAAGCACGAGUGUGAGAUUGAAUUGAACAAGCACAAAAACUUGCACACUGGUGAAGGGUCACACGAGUGUGAAAUUUGCAAAAAGAAAUUCACGAGGAAAUGGUACUUGAACGAGCACAAAACGUUGCACACUGAUGUAAAGCCCCACGAGUGUGAAAUUUGCAAAAAGAAAUUCACGAGGAAAUGGUACUUGAACGAGCACAAAACGUUGCACACUGAUGAAAAGCCCCACGAGUGUGAAAUUUGCAAAAAGAAGUUCAAAAUGAAAGGGAAAUUGAAGGAGCACAAAAAUGUUCAUUCUGGUGAGAGACCUUUCGAAUGUGACAUUUGUAACAAAAGGUUCACCGCAAAUCGGAACAUGAAAAUGCACAAACAGUUGCAUACUGGUGUGAAACCUUUCGAGUGUGAAAUUUGCCUAAAGCAGUUCGCGAGGAAGGUCAGCCUGAACGACCAUAAAAAGUUGCACACUGGUGAAAGGCCUCACAAGUGCGAAAUUUGCGAAAUCGGGUUCACGACGAAAGGAAAAUUGAACGAGCACAAAAAAGUGCAUACUGGUGAAAAUAUCCACGAGUGUGAAAUUUGCACAAAGACGUUUACAACGAAAUGGCACUUGGUCGAGCACAGAAAAUUGCACACUGAUGAAAAGCCUCACGAGUGUGAAAUUUGCAACAAGAAGUUCACGACGCAACAGUACUUGAACCAGCACAAAAAGUUGCACACUGGUGAAGGGUCACACGAGUGUGAAAUUUGCAAAAAAAAGUUUACCAAGAAAUGGUACUUUAACGAGCACAAGAGGUUGCAUACUGGUGAAAAGCCUCAUGAGUGUGAAAUUUGCAAAAAGAAAUUCUCGAUGAAAGCCAGAUUGAGAGAACACAAAAAGUUGCAUACUGGUGAAAAACCUUUUGAGUGUGAAAUUUGCCAUCAAAGGUUCACCUCAAAAGUGUCAUUGAAAAAUCACAAAAAUUUGCACACUGGUUUGAGGCCUUUCGAAUGCGGAUAUUGUAACAAAAAGUUCCCCUCAAAAAAAUACUUGAAUAGGCACAAAAAGGUACAUACUGAUGAAAAACCUUCGGACAGCGAUAUUUCCUAUGGAAAGUGUUUCAGUGAAGAGGUUUCGGAUGUGCACAUAGAAUUACAAAAAGUGAAAAGUGAAUUGGACAGUGUUGUUGUCGAACAGGAAUUUAAGAUCAAAUUCGAAUACAAUGAUCUACAAUCAGACGAUCCAGAAUACGUAGAAAUAAAACAAGAAUAUAAUUGA